GCGGAGAGUACCUCCCCUGGAUGAGAGUCGAGGGUGACAAGGUCUACGCUGAUACCCCAGAGACAAUCUUCUACGCCGAUGUCGACCCGGUCCUCAAGGCCAAGGCCAUUGCGGAGCUCAGCUGGCAGUCCGCCCGCGUCUUCUCCGACCCCGCGACCUACGAGCCGUGGAACGAGGGCAUCGAGGUCAUGUACUUCCACACCGAGCAGGACCAGGCUAUUCCCCUCGCUACCCAGGAGGCCAUGGCCGCCCAGUUCCCUACCGGCUACACCACCUUUUACGCAAACACCUCUCACUCCCCCUUCCUGUCCCGCCCGGACCUCGUCAUUGAGGGUGUCGAACUCGCUGUCAAGGUUGGCCAGGAGAAGAUUGCGGCUUAGAUAGUUCUCUUGCGAGACCGAGUGUGUUUGCCUCGGACUGUUUGGAAGACUAGUUGUAGAUCUUUUACGAAGAGAGGGCUGCCAUGAGACUUGACCAAAUCGAGACAAGAAAAUAAAAAAUAAAACAGAAUUGUACAAGUGCACAGUUCUAGACCGGGUUCAAGGGAAAACAUGCUUCAAUCAUUCGAGAAUAGCCUCAC